CCCCUCCUAAAGAGCUGAGCAGAGCAGCAAUCACUUCGGCAAAGCAGCCAGUCCUGGUGGGUUGGUACCGUUCGUCAGUCAAAUCAACACCGAACCAUAACCAAUCUCCUUGCGGAGGUGGAUGGCGUCGACGUCGGGGGAUACAUCGGCAGCGGAGGCUCUCCGCCGCGGUCGCAUCCUCUCCAGCCGCCUCUACCUCGACGGCGUCCCCAGCUCCAAGGCACCCGUGGUCUACUCGCCGGCGUAUGACAUCGAGUUCAACGGGAUCGAGAAACAGCACCCGUUUGAUUCGGCGAAAUGGGGUCGCGUCCGCAACUUCCUUGUGGACGCAGGGCUCCUCCAGAACGAUCGGAUCAUCGAGCCGCUGGAAGCCUCCGAGGAUGAUCUGCUAGUGGUGCACUCAGAGUCGUACUUGAACAGCCUUAAGAGCAGCGCGAAGGUUGCCCGCAUUGUAGAGGUUCCAGCAGUGGCACUACUACCUAACUUGCUUGUUCAGCAAAAACUCCUUUAUCCAUUUCGGAAGCAGGUGGGUGGCUCCAUUUUAUCAGCAAAACUUGCACUAGAAAGAGGAUGUGCUAUCAACAUUGGCGGAGGCUUCCACCACUGUUCGGCAGAGGAAGGGGGUGGCUUUUGUGCAUAUGCUGAUAUUUCUCUGUGCAUCCAUUUUGCUUUUGUUCGUUUAAAUAUCUCAAGAGUAAUGAUCAUUGAUCUAGAUGCUCACCAAGGAAAUGGCCAUGAAAAAGAUUUUGGGAGUGAUGAGAGAGUUUACACCUUGGACAUGUACAACUCUGGAAUAUAUCCUUUUGAUCAUGUGGCUAAGAAGUACAUUGAUCAAAAGAUCGAGUUACAUAGUGGGACAAAAACAGAAGAUUAUUUGGAGAUCCUUGAUAAGGCUCUCAAGGUAGCUGAAAGUAGAUUUCAGCCCCAGUUGAUUCUGUACAAUGCUGGAACUGAUAUCCUAGAUGGCGAUCCUUUAGGCAGCCUAAAGGUUAGUCCAGACGGUGUGAUUACUAGAGAUGAAAAGGUUUUCAGGUUUGCAAAGGAUCAGAGUAUUCCUCUCCUCAUGCUGACAUCAGGAGGCUAUAUGAAGUCAAGUGCUCGGGUCAUAGCAGAUUCAAUUAUCAACCUCUCGAACAAAAACUUGAUAGAUAUUGAUACACACUGUAUAGAAAUUGAAUAAUGGUGUCUCGAAGCAAAACUCGAUAGAUAUUGGUGCACACUGUAUAGAAAUUGAAUAAUGGAUGCACCUUGUGUAAAGAAAUUUUAUGCUAACUGUGUACUUGCACAUGUAUCAACAUGAGAAAGGGAAAUCAGGCCUUGUUCAGUUCCCAAAAUUUUGGGUUUUUGGGUA